AUGCUGCGCUCACGCAGAAAAAUUGAGGUCAUUGUGGUAGCAGUGUUCUUACUUUGCGCAUGGUUCCUCUUUGACGCCCAUUUCCAUGAUCUCCAAGAAGAAAGCGUCGAGGCUAGCGCGGCUAAGAAGCUAUGGAGAUAUGAGGCAACAAAAGCAGGAAAAGAGCAAAAGACUAUAGAGCAGGAAAUUGCGCAUAGCACGACGAAAGAGGAAACAUCGCCGACCUCCACUGUCCCGCAACAUUCAAGCACAUUAACGCACAGUACCACAGUCGCGACACCCAGCCCAUCGUUACCUGAUCGUGUUGUGGUAAUGGCAAAGCUUCCCGAAGAUGAAACAGACUGGGUACAAACCGACCUGCAAGACUGGCAAUCAGCCAUCUACAACAUCGACACCGAAACGCCACACAACACAUCGACUCUCGAUCCGCUCACCAACAGCACCUUACGUACCCUUCGAAACAAGGGGAUGGAAGCAAAUGCAUACCUCGCAUACAUUGUGCAAAAUUACGACAACCUGCCUUCAACAAUCGCGUUCAUUCAUCCGCACAAAGAUGGCUACCCGCUCGCCUGGCACACCGACAACAGCGAACAUUCCAACGUGGUAUCUCUGCAAAGCCUCAACAUCAACUUCAUCCAAAGCAAUGGCUAUGCGAAUUUACGUUGCGUCCACGAUCCCGGUUGUCCGCAUGAAGUGAUGCCGUUCCGAGACCCACCUGAGGAUCAUCGAACGAUCGAGGCAGCGAUGCCGGAUGCGUGGCGAGAUUUGUUCAAUAAUAACGAUGUGCCGCACAUACUGGCGACUCCUUGCUGCGCGCAAUUUGCUGUGUCGAGCAAGCAAGUGCAGAAGCGGUCUUUGGACGAGUACAAGAAGUUUUAUACGUGGUUGAUGGAAACUUCGCUGAAGGAUGAGACUAGUGGAAGGGUGUUUGAGUAUCUUUGGCAUAUACUGUUUGGUCAAGACCCUGUUUAG